AAGAAACUUUCGCAUGAAUCUGUGCAAGAGAGCCACACUUUCCGCGUUUGAGUGUGAAUACGGAGGAUAACGAUGACACGGGUGCGCUAGUGUUUCUGAGGAAAUACCGAGUUGCAUUGUUUUGUGAGGCUUUAUUUCAGGUCUGAUUAUGGGGUUGCCGACUCUAGAGUUCAGUGACUCUUUUGUGGACAGUCCGGACUUUAGAGAGAGACUCAAAUGUCACGAGAUCGAGCUGGACCGAACGAACACGUUCAUUAAAGAGCUGAUUAAAGAUGGACACCAGCUGAUCUGCGCGCUCAAGAACCUCUCGGCAGCCGUGCAGAAGUUCUCCCAGUCGUUACAGGAGUUCCAGUUUGAGUGUAUUGGUGACGCAGAAACGGAUGAUGAAGUCAACAUUGCUCAGUCCUUCAAAGAGUUUUCCCAGUUGCUGAACACCAUGGAAGAGGAGAGAAGACGGCUGAUACAGAAUGCUGAUGAUGUCCUGAUCACACCCUUGGAGAGAUUCCGGAAAGAGCAGAUCGGAGCAACCAAGGAGGGGAAGAAGAAAUUUGACAAGGAGGCGGAAAAGUACUACUCCUCACUGGAAAAACAUCUCAACCUGUCGUCCAGAAAAAAAGAAUCAGCUCUCCAAGAGGCUGACGCUCAGAUUGAUAAGGAAAGGCAACUCUUUCAUGACGCCUCUCUAGAAUACGUCUUCAAAAUCCAGGAGGUUCAAGAGAAGAAGAAAUUUGAAUUUGUCGAGCCGCUCUUGUCCUUCCUACAGGGUCUGUUCACAUUCUACCAUGAGGGUUAUGAGCUGGCCCACGAAUUUGAGCCCUACAAACAACAGCUACAGUUUAACCUGCAGAAUACAAGAAACAACUUUCUGAGCACCAAGCAAGAAGUAGAAAAGCUGAUGAACAGAGUUCGAUCUGCAGAUCAAGACCAGAAGCCCCCAGGCCAGUGGACAAUGGAAAGCUACCUUUAUGUCCAGGAGAAACGACCUUUGGGUUGCGCAUGGACACAACAUUAUUGUACAUACGAAAAAGGCAGCAACACCUUCAGCAUGUGCAACACGGAGGCAAAACCCACUGCUAAACAGAAUGGUGUCAUGUCAAAUCCCACAGAGAAGUUCAGACUGAAGUCCUGUAUCAGGAGGAAGACUGACUCGAUUGAUAAGCGCUUCUGUUUUGAUAUUGAGGUGGUUGAAAGAAAUACCAUCUAUCGUGGAUCUUUUUUCAGACCACUGCAAUUUUUCUUUAAAGCCCGGCAUGGCAUUAUCACGCUACAAGCGCUGUCUGAGUCCAACAGGAGACUCUGGUUGGAAGCUAUGGAUGGCAAAGAGCCGAUCUACAACCUUCCUGCUAUUCUGAGCAAGAAAGAGGAGACAUAUUUAAACGAAACUGGCUUUAAUUUUGUGAGGAAGUGUAUACAGCUGGUGGAGGUGAGAGCAGGGCUCAACACUAUGGGUUUGUACAGAGUCGGUGGAAUAAACUCAAAAGUUCAGAAACUCAUGACCACAGCAUUCUCACCCAAAGCAGCAUCAGAUAUGGAUCUUGACCCAGAUACCUGGGACAACAAGACCAUCACCAGCGGCCUCAAGAAUUACCUCAGGUGUCUUUCUGAGCCUCUCAUGACAUACAGGCUCCACUCAGACUUCCUCUUGGCUGUCAAAUCUGAUGAUCAGAACUACAGAGUGUGUGCAGUUCACACACUGGUGCAUAAACUACCUGACAAAAACAAAGAGAUGCUGGAGAUAUUAAUCGAACAUCUACUCAAUGUGUCCACUCACAGUGAGAGUAACAUGAUGACCGUGUCCAAUCUGGGAGUGAUCUUUGGCCCUACGCUUAUGCGCUCACAGGAGGAAACUGUUGCCGCCAUGAUGAACAUCAAAUUCCAAAACAUCGUGGUAGAAAUUCUCAUUGAAAAUUUUGAGAAGAUAUUUCAUCAGGCGCCAGACCCUAAUGUUCCCCUGUCGCAGCCUCAGUCUCGUCCGGGGUCUCGCAGGAGCAGAGCCAUCUGCCUCUCGUCUGGACCACGCAAACCCAAGAGCCUCUACACACCCUCAAUGUGCCUGGCAGAUGCAGACAGUGACACGUUCAGCAGCAGUUCAGGCAGCACUCCAAUCGGCAGCAUGGACUCCCUCUCCUCCCACUCCUCAGAGCAGAACAGCUCCUCCAAAACCUGCUCCUCUCCAAAGCCCAAAGACAAGCCCCCUUUCCCCGGCCUGCGGCGGACCCCUUCCUCCCUGUCCUCCAGCGAGCCCCAGGGCCCCACCUGCACCAGCAGUCCAGACUCCAGCUCCAGAGAGGACACGGGCCGUGUGGAUUGGGACGACUCCUGUAGGAAGAACUCAGGCUCAGCAGCUGCCAGAUCUUCACCAGCACCCACAAAGGCUCCUCACUCUGAAGUAGGAAUCAAAUUAGCACAGCUUAACCGCUCAAGUGCCCCAUCUUUACACAUCACAGAAGGUCGUAAGAGCUGUGUGGGGUCUUUACAGAAUCUAGCAUGUGUGGUGCAUAAAGACGGCAUCAGAUCCACAGCCUGCCAUGAUCUGCCACCUAAAACUAUCCUGCGCCGAAAGCUGGACAACAACAGCUCUACCAACGGCUAUCAGAGACCAGGAUCAGUGGUGGCUGCCAGAGCGCUGCUUUUUGAGAACCCAUCAGCUGUAAAACCUCCUCCCUUGGGAAGAGAUGCCAAAGCCAUAUAUUCAUGUGAAGCAGAACACAGCAAUGAGCUGAGCUUCCCACAGGGGGCCCACUUCUCCAACGUGUAUCCUUCAGUGGAACCGGGCUGGCUCCAGGCAACAUUUGAGGGCAAAACAGGCCUCGUUCCUGAAAAUUAUGUGGUGUUCCUCUGACAAUCGUUCAACCAGGACCCCUCAUUUGCCAUGGGUAUCCAUGGCAACAUCAACUUUAGACCAAGGGCUUUAAAUAUAUAUCAAUCGUUGACGGCUAUGCAAGUGGACUGUGCCAUUAAUAUGACAUUAAACCUUAAGAGAUAAUGGACGGUACACAAACCUCAAUGAUGCAGCACAAGGGUGAUUAAUGUCUAAAAAGCAGCUGUAAUUCUAGACAAAUGGGUUCCAAAGCUGAGGCAGAAAUGUUGAAAUUGACAUCAUGUGCUGCUUGAGUCUAGAUACACAAAUUCACAUACACUGAGACCACGUGGUGUGAUGGACUGCACAAAAUGCUGUUUUUAGGUCUACUAUGUGGUGGAAUACUGUAAUUCUGUUAAGAAAGAUCAGCUUAGACAGGCUUUCUUUUAUUUUAGCUCAAUGCUUACUGCCUUGAAAUGAAGGAGCAUAAUGUUAAACCUCAGCAGUAACUAUUUGAGCUGUGAAUCACUGUCAAUUCAGCAGUACCCAAACUCUGAUGUGCGUGGUUUAUUUCAUCAUGAAUGUACUUACUUUUACUGUCAUUAAUGUUCAAAAGUCUGAAACCACAUUGUUUGGAUUCUGAACAUUUUAAACAGAGAAACUAUACGAAAAUGAAUUACUGCAGUAUGUCUAGGUGACUAAUCAAUUAAGAUUAGGUUUUCAAGUAAAUUGUGACAUUUACCACAUGGUCAGAUUUCCAGCUUAACACUGAAGCUCAAUAUGCUCUUAGGAACAUCUUUAAAUCAUGCUGGAGAACAUGAUCAUCAGGUUUAGUUAUGCAGCUUGAGUGCUGCUGACAUUAAAGGGACAAACAAUAUAUAUAUUUACAUAUUUUCAGUUAUAAUAUUCAUAUUCAUCACAUUAUGCUGUUAAUAAAAUGUGUUUUGUAGGUUAUUGACAAAUAGAAUUCUACAUGGACUGCUGGAAUCAGCCAUUUAAGCACAAAUGUUUGGUGGACAGUGAAACGUUCCAGUUUUGUGCUGAAAUAUUAGCACCCCCGGAACACUGCUUAUUCAAUAACAUCAGUGGAACGCAACUGAGUGUUCCAGUUAUUUAUAUUUUAAAGGUCUAAUAUUCUAAUCCUGUUUGAAAAUCUCUGGUUUAGAGAAUGAGAUAGCAAUGGAUCAUGUCUCAGUUUUGCAUCCAGGUCACUGCAGAAUGUCAAGUAAAAUUCAGUCUUUACAAAUGCUAAUCAAGUCUAGCUGUAGCAGCUUCAUUGUACAUGAUGUUCAGGUCACAUUAUUCCUUCUGAAGUUUAAGAUGACGCCAACUGUCAGUGUCAACAACACCAAUAUGGUACGUCUUAUUGUCUCCAUAAUUAAAUAUUAUGAAUAUGAGAAUAGAAGUUUAUAAAUGGAUAAUUAUUUUGUAACUCAUAUUUUUCUUCUUAAUUCAUUUUUGUU